CGCCGCUCCGGAGGCGGUGCCGGGAUAGACCCAACCGAAUGGCAGGAGGAGCCGAGAAGGACAGGCGGGGCGAGCACGCCCUUUCCGCCCCGGGCCCGGAAAGGUGAUGUGGCUGAGGCCGCACCGAGCUCACUAUGUCUGCCAUUUUCAAUUUUCAGAGUCUGUUGACUGUAAUCUUGCUGCUUAUAUGUACCUGUGCUUAUAUCCGCUCCUUGGCACCCAGCCUGCUGGACAGAAAUAAAACUGGACUAUUGGGUAUAUUUUGGAAGUGUGCUCGAAUUGGUGAGCGGAAGAGUCCGUACGUCGCGGUGUGCUGUGUCGUGAUGGCCUUCAGCAUCCUGUUCAUACAGUAGCGUAUGUGAAGGCCAGGCUGUAACUGCCACCAGAGUUCAGUGUGAACAAGGACUCAAACCUGCAGGAGAUGAUGAUGGAAAGAAUGGUUCACCUUUGAUCGCUGAGCAUUGAAGGAGAUAAAUUUCCAGAUGCUGUUCUCUAUUUAAUUGGACCAAUGUUCUAUAUAAAUAGUUAAGAUGUAGCCAUUUCAUAUGCAACAAGUUUAAUGGUAUAUCACAAUCAACCUCAGUACUGUUAUUACAAUAUUACAUUGUGCAAAUGUCAUGCUCCUGUGUCCAAUACCAAUUUGGAAUGAGAUUUCGCCAAGACACAUAGUAGGAAACAAAAUUGGUGAAUUGCUCUAGCUCCUUUUAGUGUUAUUUGGAAAUGAUAAAGUGUUACAGAACGUG